CAAUAUAUUCAGUUGCUAUUGAAAGUUGUUCACUGCAAGACUUUUUAACUUGCUCCAAAACCAUGAAAAUUUUUAUUUGUAUAAUAGCCCUGAUAUUGGCUUUACAUUUCGUUGACAUCGAGGCUGCACAUGUACGUACCGUGGGAGAUUUCAAAGCCUCUCACAUCACGCAGUUCCCUUUUGAGGUUUCAAUACGUCGUAGAUUUUGUGAUGCUUGUAUGUAUGAGCAUUAUUGCAGUGGUACCAUUUAUUCCAAGAAUGUUAUUAUAACUGCUGCUUCCUGCGUUAGAGAUGCCAGUGUGCAACGUACUCAAGUUAUAGCUGGUACCUCAAAACGUACUACUUCUGCUCAAGAUGGUCAAGUUUAUUUAGUGGAUAAAAUUACAUUGCAUGAAAAUGACAAUAUAGAUAUUGCUCUUUUACAUUUAACGUUGGAUAUUGAAUUUAAUGGCCUUACCAUUGCUCCCGUUAAAUUGGCUACUCAAGUGCCUAUUGCUGGUAAGAAAGCUGUGGUUGCAGGUUGGGGUCAAUUAAAUGAAAAUAUAGUGAAUUUCGAAGAAGAUAUUAAAGCAGUACAAGUACCAAUUAUGGAUUUGGAUUUAUGUAAAGAGGCAUAUUUCUGGACUAAUGUCAAGGAUACUGAGAUUUGUGCCGGCUAUUUGGAAGGUGGUGUAGAUGCUUGUGUAGGUGAUGCUGGUAGUCCCUUGUUGGUCGAUAAUGAAAUGGUGGGUAUUGUAUCGUGGGGUUACGGUUGUGCCCGCCCCAAUAAUCCGGGAGUUUAUACAAAUGUUGUAAUGUUGAGAAAUUGGAUUCAACAACAUGCUUAAAUUAAACUAAAUGUAAAUUUGUUA